CACCAAGGACUCUAACUAUAACAACAAAUGAUACAUAACUAUAAAACGUUAGAGAGCAUCCACACUAGAGAAACGUUGAUCGUUCUACACCGAUCAAUCCACCGGUCAACGCAUCCUACUGCACGCUAAAAGGCCUAUUAAUAAAUCGAUUUUAAGCAUUUUAAGCAAUGGAUUCCACAAACUAUAUCUCCAUACUGCACGAGUAUGCUCAGAGACAACGUCAGAUCUCUGACAUCAAGUUUGAGGAGGUUAGAACAGAAGGACCGGAUCACCUGAAAACCUUCACUCUGAGGGUGGUGAUUAAAGGCCAUGCCUAUCCUAACGGGGUUGGGAAGAACAAGAAAGAGGCCAAACAGAAUGCUGCUAAACAUGCUCUGGCUGGCAUGAUGGAGACGACAGAGCAGAAGGAUAAACAUGCUCUGGCUGGCGUGACGGAGACGACAGAGCAGAAGGAUAAACAUGCUCUGGCUGGCGUGAUGGAGACGACAGAGCAGAAGGAUAAACAUGCUCUGGCUGGCGUGAUGGAGACGACAGAGCAGAAGGAUAAACAUGCUCUGACUGGCGUGAUGGAGAUGACAGAGCAGAAGGAUAAACAUGCUCUGGCUGGCGUGAUGGAGACGACAGAGCAGAAGGAUAAACAUGCUCUGGCUGGCGUGACGGAGACGACAGAGCAGAAGGAUGCAUCGGUUUCAUGUUCUCCGUCACCGGCUCAGUCUCCAGCCCCUCCUGUCCGAGCAGUUAUCUCCCAGCCCAACUACGUGUGCUGGCUGAAUGAACACAGCCAGAAGAACAAGCUGUCUCUAAAGGCUUUGGAGGAAACGCGUGUUGGACCCAACAACACCUCACAAUGCUGUAGGUAUGUGGUAGGUAAGAAAGAAUACCCAGAGGGAUUUGGGAACACGAAGAAGGAGGCUAAGGAGGAAGCAGCAAUGCAGGUCUAUCUGGAGUUAUGUGGCCGUAGUCAGACUACAGGGACUGCAGAUGAAAACUGCAAUGGCACCACUGGAAAACACAAGGAGGAAUUAAAUCCAAAGGUUGUGGUCCUCAGUGAGAAGGUUGAACACAUGAACAUGAGCCCAGAACAGAAUGUUCCAGAACGAUACAGCUUCAUUACAACAGAGACCAACUUCAUAGGUAUACUCAACCACUACUGUCAGAAAACCAAACGGUUUCUUGACUUUAAACUGGUGGAGAAGAGCGGACCGUCACACGACCCUCAAUUCGUUUAUAACGUAUUGAUUGACCAGAGAGAAUACCCAAAUGGUUUGGGUAAGACAACCAAGCAGGCCAAACAACAAGCUGCUCAGUUAGCAUGGUCUGCUCUUCAAGAACAGUCUGACUGGAACAGCCAGGUGUCUUGCAGAUCAACAGUUUCAGAAGAUGGAGGACUAUCCUCUAUACCCCCCUCCAGUACAUGGGAAUCCCAGGAUGCAACACCAUCAUCCUUGAGUAUUCCAGGAAGUACCAGUGAGUCCAUCAUAUUCGCAGACUCUGUUAACGUCAGCUCCCCCAAGCAGGUUGAAAGCCCUGUAAAUGUGAAGCCUAAAAUAAGACUAGCACCUAACUUCCUGCUGUCACCGGUCAAGACCAAACAGGAAGGUCCCGAUUUAAAAGGCAACAAUUUAGGAACCUUGUCAAGUGGAAGGACAUCCAACCAACCAAUCAGAUCUAGGUUUUUAGCAGAGUUUGAUUCAAUAGAGAAGAUUGGCAAAGGAGGCUUUGGCAACGUCUAUAAGGCGCGACGGGAACUGGAGCAGAAAUAUUUUGCGGUGAAGAUAGUACUGAGUAAAGAGAAAGCUAAGCGGGAGGUUGGUGCCUUAGCAGAUCUUCAGCACCCCAACAUAGUACGCUACUACACCUCCUGGCUGGAGGACACCGCGUACCGAUGCGACACCAACUCUGAGAGCGACACCACUUCAGAGUAACAUUAUUACCACUUUCCCUGUCCCAUUGCACUAUGGGAGAUGUUAUUUGAAUAAUGCCAUUUUACAUGUUAGUGUUACGUUCCCCAAUAAUGUCAUUCAAACAGAAGGGGGAACUAACAAAGAGUCACUGACAACAAAUGAAAUGAAACAGGUUGGGGUUUUAGGAGAGGUUUUG